UGAAAAAAAACAGGUGACUGUUUCUGGAGAGUUCCUGGGGGGAGGCAUUGGGUUUUUCUCGACCCCCCUUCCCCCUCCCUCGCUUCUCUCUCUCUCUCUCUUACGAAACCGCUAGGGUUUCCGUGUGGGAGAUGUAGCCGCAGCUCUUUGAUUUUAAUGGUGAGGUGACCUCGAGGUGCUCCAAUGGCGGCGGGAGGAAAGAAGAGCGGCGAUCUCUACGACGUGCUGGGGUUGAAGAAGGAGUGCUCCGACGCCGAUCUCAGGAUCGCGUAUAAGAAGCUCGCCAUGAGAUGGCACCCGGAUAAAUUCUCGGCCUCGGGAAACGCGAAACGCGUGGAGGAAGCGAAGGAGAAGUUCCAGCAAAUACAGGGAGCCUACUCCGUUCUCUCCGACUCCAGUAAGAGAUUCCUGUACGAUGUUGGGGCCUACGACAGCGACGACAACGACGACGACGAUGACAACGGGAUGGAGGAGUUUCUGGGAGAAAUGGCCCAGAUGAUGAGCCAAACAAAACCCAGUGAGAGCGGCAACGAGACGUUCGAGGAGCUGCAGCAGCUGUUCGUGGAGAUGUUCCAGAGCGACCUGGGCUCCGGAUUCGGCCGCAGCGGAACCCACGGUUCUAACGGCCACGAUCGCGCCUCGUCGUCGUCGAUGUCCCCCCCGGGCCCGACGUCGAGUAGUAGUAACGGCGGGAGCAGCGGUAACAAGAGGGAUAGCUCGGCAAUGAGCUCGGGGAAGGCGAGGACCGACGGGUUCAACCCGAGUUCCAACGCGUUCUGCUUCGGGAUAAACGAUUCGGGGAAACCGUCGAGAGGCGGAGGUGGAGGUAACGGUGGCGGUAGCAGUAAGAGAAGGAACGGGCGGAAGCAGAAGGUGUCGUCGAUGUAGCACGACGUCUCAUCCCUCGACGCCGAAAUCUCCUCGGCUUAGAUAUUAAUCGAUCCUUUAAUCUCUUGUUAAUUCACCAUUCGCCACCGCGUCGACAUUGCAGGGGGGAGCAGAGAGUGAAGUGUGUUGUUCUCUUUUUAGUUCAGGUUUACUUGUUAGAUUAAUGAAAUGGGUUUUAACUUAUGAAACAGUGUGUGAUCUUAUAUUCGUUUAAUUUAGGAUUUGUUUGGAUGCAUUAAUAUAUUUAUAUAUAUAUUUUUUUGGGUA